UAUUUUCGUUUUCAUUUCACAUUUCACAAUAUAAACAAUUAUAUUAUUCUACUGGUGGGAUUCACUCUAUCGUCACCACAUUACUGAGGUCAAAGAUCCGUGAUAUUACUGAUAUUAGCAAAUAAUGUAACGAUGGAAUUAUAAAAACAUGGAUUAAAAGUUAAAACUCUAAUGCACCAACAACAUUAAAUUUAUAUACGCUUAGUAAUAGUAUUCAAAUUUGGUAGUACAAACACAGCUACUACCUUAAUUUAAUUACUCAGAUUUUUUUAUUCUGUCCUUCAUCUACAGCCUACAAUAGUGCCUUAUAUUUAAUAUAAGAUAAUUACAAUAUCAAUGAUUGUGGUUCGUUUAAAACUUUAACUUAACUAACAACCAACCUCUUUUGUGGAUGUGCAUUCAUUACUAUUCCUUACUAAAACAGAAUAAUGGAAUACAAUCAAAAUAUUUCUGAUUAUAAAUAUUCUGUGUCAGAUUUAAUUUUAACGAAACAACAACGUGAUUUUUAUGAAAUAAAUGGAUAUUUAUUAAUUCCUAAACUAAUACCUGAUUAUUUGUUAGACAGAUGCUGCAACCGAUUUAUAGACUUAUGUCAUGGAAAAGUUCCAAGAAAUCAAAUAACUAUGAUGAAAGACAUAUCUCGUAUGAAAACAGGUGAACAAGGCGAAUACUUAUUUGGUAAAGCUCAAGAUAUUCUUUGGGAUGAAGAAUUUUAUGAAUAUGCUAGAUAUCCAAAGAUGUUGGACUAUAUAGAAAGCUUUAUUGGACCUAAUGUCAUGGCCAUGCAUUCAAUGUUUAUCAACAAACAACCAGAUACUGGUUCUAAUAGUUCUCGCCAUCCAGUUCAUCAAGAUCUUCAUUAUUUUCCAUUUCGUCCUGCCAACUUGAUUGUAGCGUCCUGGACAGCUUGUGUUCCAGUUACAGUGAAUAAUGGGUGUCUAUACGUAUUACCAGGAACACAUACUGGUGAUUUGUAUCCUCAUAAUUAUCCGGAACCUAAAGACGGAGAAAUAAAUAAAAUGUACCAUGAAAUAAAAACUAACAAUAAUCAUGAUGAUAAAAAAAAGGUGUUUUUGGAAAUGGAGAAAGGGGAUACAGUUUUUUUCCAUCCUUUGUUGGUUCAUGGAUCAGGAAUAAAUAAAACACAAGGAUUUCGUAAAGCAAUUUCUGUUCAUUAUGCUUCAUCCAACUGUGACUAUAUUGAUGUAACUGGUACAACUCAAGAUAACAUAAAAAAUGAAGUAAUUGAUGUAAUGGCUAAAAAGGGAAUUACAAAUGUUGAUUACACAUUUGCCUGGAAACAUCGUUGUCGACUGAUUCGAGGAUUCAAAGCCAAUUUGUAAUUGUAAAAUAAAUUCUAUUAUGAAAUUGAAAUAUUCAAAUAUGGUUGUGGAUUUUAUGUUAAUUUAUGUUGUAUUUACAUAAACUAACUUCUAAUAUCAGUGAUAAUCAAUGGUGUAUUGAAGUAUAUUAGGAAGUAUACAGAGUAUAGAUAUAUUAAUAUUUAUAAAUAAAUGUGUGAAAUUGAAAAAAAUAAAAAUUGUAUAAGUUAAUGGUAAA